GGCAGGAUUUUCAUCAUGGCGGACGGAAAACCCUGGUUCUACACGAUACGAAAACACAGAAAGAAAUCAAUUGCUGCUGCCCUGUUUGCAGGAUGGUUGAUGAGUUACGGAGCUAAUAAGUACAGAGAGUACAUGAUAAGAAGAGAACUAUGCCAUGAAGCAAAAGCUUUUGGUGACAAAACAUUGCCAUCAUUAAGAAAACCCAGAAGAUUGACCUUGGUUUUCAAUCCAGCAUCUGGCAGUGGUAGUGCAGAGACUUUGUUGAAGAAAAAUGCAGAACCAAUUCUUCAUAUAGCAGGGCUUGAUGUUACCAUUGUCAAGACAGAUUACGAAGGACAAAUUAAAACCCUGAUGCAGUACAUUGAUCCAAAAACAGAUGGUAUUAUUGUUGCUGGAGGAGAUGGCACACUACUUGAGGUUGUGACUGGACUGCUCAGAAGAAGUGAUCAGGAAGAAAUUUCCAAGAUUCCUAUCGGAGUGAUUCCUCUUGGAGCACAUAAUUCUCUCUGUAACAGGAUAUUUGCAAACAAAGAUGCUACAGAAGCUAGGAGGAUUGGAAAUGCAACAUUGGCAAUUGUUAAGGGAUACAUUAAACCAGUAGAUGUCAUGGAAAUUAAGGGUGAUGAAGGUCGUUCCACAUUUGCUAUGUCCAAGCUCCAUUGGGGUGCUUUUAGAGAUGCCAAUGAAAAGGAAGAUAAAUUUUGGAUUGUGGGCCCAUUCAGAAGAAAACUUUCCUAUCUUGUGGCAGCUGUGAAGGACUGGCCCCCUUUCAUUGAUACAAUACUAUCAUACCCAACAACAUCAACAGAGGUUUUGUCAGACUCACAGCAAGGGGUUAUGCCCCAUGGUUUUGCAACCACCAACUGUGAGAGCCUCAACCAGGCACCACAAAGGUAUCUUGAUGAUGAAAAAAGCUGCGACGCCAUCAGUGACGGAUGGAUUACCAAUCCCAUCCAAACAUUUGGCUUGUCUGUGGAGCCAUUCAGGACAGAAGAUUACUUGACUACUGAUGGUUUCCUCAGAGUAGAUGUCUGGCCAUCAGAUCUCAGUAAGACUGAGUUUAUUCAGAGUGGGUGGAAGAUGGAGAAAGAAGAAAAACAACACAAGUUCCAGAUGACUGACUCACCAAGAUGCAAAUCCCUGAAGUUAAAACAGCUAAAACUGGAGCCAAAGGAUGAAAAGUUGUCAUGGUUUUCAAUUGAUGGUGAGCCAUUUGAAGCAAGAGCAAUAACAAUAACACUUCUUCCAAACAAGCUUCAAGUCUUCUUCAAUCCACACAAAAUUCUUGAAAGUUGAGCUGUUGUGUUCAUAGCAGAUGUGCUUAGUGAAGAAGACAUUACAUCACUGAAUGGUCAAGACUGAAUGCUUUCCUGUUGUCAAAUUUUAUUGUUAAUAAAUAAAUGUAAAUUGGUAUUCUGAAAAGAACUUUCCAUUAAAUGAACAUUGUUACGGAAAAGAGUGGCACUGAUAAAUGUAGCAAAAUAAUGUAAGGCGUUCUCUGGAGUAAAACUUGACUUCACUACUAAUCAUAAACUCCCUUAAAUUGGUCUAAAAACACAAUUUUAGCAAACAUCAAACAAGUAAGGGGCUGACCUUUUGUAAAGCUCUAGCAGAAACUCCCAAAGCUGUUGUCUGUCUUUGUGUCUUAUUUCACAUUUAUCUUUUUAGUUAUUACAUUUGAUUUAUUUUGUUCUUAUCUCUUGUUACAUACACCUUAUUUGAUGGUGUAACAUAGAGCAUGCCCAUGAGUUGCAGACAGAACUUGAAAAAUAUGGGCAAUGAGUAAAAUAUCUGUAUGUAUUAAAUGUUAAACCAUCAGUUAAGGGAUUCAUUCUUCCACAAAACCAUUUAUUACCAGUAAGUGUCCUUCAUGAGGAACAAAAGAGAUCAGUUUCA